AUGCAGUCUUCACAAUUGAACAGUUCUCCAAGGCGGGCUAAUCCUUUUAGCCGGCACUCUCCAUCGCCUUCGCCAGGUCCCCAGGCGCUGCCAUCACGACCAAAAUCGAUGGUCUUCCCGCCAUCUAGCGGCAGUCCAGAGAAGAAAUCACAUACGCGGAACUCAUCGUUGUCACAUUUCCCAUCAGUAACCCUUACAUCUCCCCACAGCCGGGAGCGAUCAAGUUCCUUGAAGCACAAUGGCGAGGCAUCGGGGACCUUCGCUCCUCAGUUCAUCAAGUCGGAGGAACUGCGGAGAGGGGCUGAUGACAUCAAGGGAAGAGAGGGCGACAAUGACUUCUCCGGGAAGCGUUACGUGUGGCUGAAAGAUCCCGAGAAGGCCUUUAUCAGGGCCGAAGUAAUUGAGGAGAGAGACAAUGGAGAGCUUUUGGUGCAAUGUGAAGACGGUAGUCGCCGUGAAGUCAAUGUGGAAAACGUUGACAAGGUCAACCCCGCCAAAUUCGACAAAGCUGAUGACAUGGCCGAGCUCACUCAUCUAAACGAGGCGUCGGUCGUGCACAACCUGCAUAUGCGGUAUCAAGCAGACUUGAUCUACACAUAUUCAGGCCUUUUCCUGGUCACCGUGAAUCCCUACUGUUCUCUACCAAUCUAUACCAAUGAAUAUGUGAAGAUGUACAAAGGUCAGAGCAGAGAAGAUACAAAACCGCAUAUCUUUGCCAUGGCGGACCAAGCCUUCCGGAGUCUUGUGGAAGAAGGCGAAAAUCAGAGUAUACUUGUAACCGGAGAAUCGGGAGCCGGGAAAACGGAAAAUACGAAGAAGGUCAUUCAGUAUCUCGCUGCAGUAGCCACGACAGAUACGCCGGCAUCUCGGCCGGGAACCAAACAAUUUUCCAAUCUAUCGCAACAGAUUCUCAGGGCGAAUCCCAUCCUUGAAGCCUUCGGAAACGCCCAGACUGUGAGGAAUAAUAACUCAUCGCGAUUCGGAAAGUUCAUCCGUAUCGAAUUUACCCGUUCUGGUCAAAUAUCCGGAGCAUCCAUCAACUGGUACUUGCUGGAAAAAUCCAGGGUUGUGAAACCAAAUCCUCAGGAGCGAAACUACCACAUCUUUUAUCAACUCCUCCAAGGCGCUGACAAGGGAUUGAGAGAUGCCCUUCUUCUUGGCGAUCUCCAAGUUGAAGACUUCGCCUAUACCAAAGAUGGAAAUGAUUCCAUCGCCGGCGUCUCAGACGCUGAUGAAUGGAACUCCUUGAUGGAAGCGUUCCACAUCAUGAAUUUUACCGAGGAGGACCAGAUGUGCAUCUUACGUACGGUAGCCGCAGUUCUUCAUCUGGGCAAUGUGCCUGUGACCAAGGAGAGUCUCCGCGGAGAUCAAGCCGCAUUGAGUCCAGAAGCUUACGAGAUUGUGGGCAGGGCAUGCCGUCUUCUCGGUGUAGACACCGAGGAUUUCGUCAAAGGCUUGCUCCAUCCUCGUGUCAAAGCAGGGAGGGAAUGGGUCGAAAAGGUCCAAACUCCUGAACAGGUGAGAUCGGCGCUGGACGCCUUGGCCAAGGGUAUUUAUGAACGAGGCUUUGGUGAUCUUGUCAAUCGGAUAAACAACCAGCUGGACAGGAGUAGUAUAACCACUGAGGAUACUUACUUCAUCGGUGUGCUCGAUAUUGCCGGUUUCGAAAUUUUUGAAACCAACAGCUUCGAGCAAUUGUGCAUCAACUACACAAACGAGAAACUACAGCAAUUCUUCAAUCACCACAUGUUCGUCCUCGAACAGGAAGAGUAUGCCAGGGAAAAGAUUGAAUGGAAUUUCAUCGACUUCGGCAAAGACCUGCAACCUACGAUUGACCUGAUUGAGUUGACCAACCCUAUUGGUAUAUUCUCGUGCCUGGACGAAGAUUGCGUGAUGCCUAAGGCCACGGACAAGUCUUUCACUGAGAAGCUGAACUCUUUGUGGGAUCGCAAAUCGCCAAAGUAUCGAGCCUCACGCCUGAAUCAAGGCUUUAUCCUCACACACUACGCCGCUGAAGUGGAAUACACGACGGAAGGUUGGCUUGAGAAGAACAAGGAUCCACUGAACGAUAAUCUUACUCGUCUCCUUGCAUCAUCCACUGAUAAGCACGUUGCAAAUCUGUUCUCCGACUACGCUGAUCCAGAUGAUGAGCCAGGGUCUUCUAGGAGCCUUGUGAAAAAGGGGCUUUUCAGGACCGUGGCCCAGAGACACAAGGAUCAGUUGGCCAGUCUGAUGAACGACUUGCAUUCAACCCAUCCUCAUUUCGUUCGCUGUAUCUUGCCCAACCACAAAAAGCGGCCCAAGUUGUUUAAUGCGCCUCUAGUGCUGGAUCAGUUGCGUUGUAACGGAGUUCUUGAGGGAAUCAGAAUCGCUCGUACUGGGUUCCCGAACCGUCUUCUUUUUAACGAAUUCCGACAACGCUAUGAAGUGCUUUGCCGUGACUUGCCAAAGGGUUAUAUGGACGCGCAAAAUGCUACCCAAAUGAUCCUAGACAAGUUAGGCAUGGAUAAGUCGUGGUAUCGUGUCGGCUUAACCAAAGUCUUCUUCAGAGCUGGGGUUUUAGCCGAGCUGGAAGAAAAACGCGAUACCCUGAUUCGAGAGAUCAUGACGCGCUUCCAGUCAGUUGCUAGGGGCUUUAUUCAGCGCCGUAUCGCAAACAAGCGUCUCUACCGGGCCGAGGCAACUCGCAUCAUACAGAGAAAUUUCCACGUCUAUUUGGAUCUUAAAGUCAACCCGUGGUGGAGACUCUUCACGAGGAUGAAGCCACUUCUAGGGGCGACUCGGACCGCUACGGAAGUGAAGAAACGAGACGAGAAGAUUCAACAGCUCGAAGCAAAGAUGCAAAAGGAUCUGGCUGAUCGCCAACGACUAGAAGAAGAGAGACGCCGGACAGAUUUGGAGCUUCAGCGCAUGAAACAGACUCUAGAGAGUGAGCGGGCUCUUGCUCUCGAUAAGGAGGAAAUCUUUAAGCGCCUUCAAAUGCGGGAAAUCGAACUCAGCGAAAAAUUGGCUGAAGCAACUGCAGACCAAGAGAAGCUUGAAGAUCAACUUGACGAGCUUAUCGAGGCCAAGAGGAAAGCUGAGGAACAGCUUGAUCUCAGAAGGCAACAACUCGAACAAGCCGGCCAAAUCAUCGAACGACUGGAAUCCGAGAAGCAAGAGCUGCAGGAACGGCUUACCGUAUUAGACUCUCGGUUGAAGGAGAUGGAAGCUAUACACAGCGAACGGGACUCCCAGGUUCAAUCCCUCAAUCAAGAGAUCAAAAUGCUCCAAAGCCACCUCAGCUUAAAGGACCGGAAGUUACAUGAUUUGGAAGCCAAGUUGUUAAAAUCAGACCAGGAACUGGAUAUCAAGCUGGCGAAAACCACGAAGGAGCUUGAGGCCUCCAAAAAGCAAGUCAAGGAUCUCUUCGAGGAGAAUAAGGCCAUCCGACAGGAAAUUUCGGAACUAUCCGCCACCUCAACUGGAUAUGAAGAGAUGCUUCGUCGCAAGGAGGGUGAACUAUCUGUUUUGCGCAGUGAUCUCAAAAGACAUGAGGAAGACAAGAAGAACCUCGAAUCCGAGAGGGCAUCGCUUUCAAGAAGACACGAUGACAUGCAGAAACGACUGCGCGAUCUCCAAGCGGAGGUGGACGCUAUGAAAGCCGAAAAGUCGAAUCUAGAACGCGAGGCUGCAGAUGUGAAGAAACUGCUGGAGGCCAAAAUGUCUGAAGAUGCUGAGGCUGGUCAAAGCAGGAAGAUCCUCGAACAGCAAAUUCAGGACUUGAAGGCGCAACUCUUCCAAGUUCAGGCAGAACUGAGCCGGGAGCGCCAAUCCCGAGAUGACGUUCAAAUGCUUGGGGAGCAUAAAUACGCAGAAUUGAAAGAGAAAUAUGAUUCCUUGAAUGAAGCCAAGAUCAUCAUUGAGAAGGAGAUGUACAUUCAGCAGGAUACCCUCCGUCGCGCCACAGAGGCCCGAAAUGCAGCUGAACAGGCGCGCAAAGAGCUCCAAAAUGAACUCAUCAAGCUUCGUGAACGAUUUACUAACGUUGAAAAAGCCCGACUGGAUGCUGAAAGUGCCAUUGAGCAAAAAAUCAUGAAGCAGGCCAAUGAGAGACAGGCAAGUUUGCGGAAGGAUCUCGAAGCGAAAUCCAAACAGCUCGAGGAAGUCGAAGCAGAGAGGACACGUCUGUCAGCGAAGGUCCAAGAACUGACUCAGACCAUCGCGGAUACUGAGGCGUUCCGUUUGCGUCACGACCAACACAAGGAGCGACUGGAGCGCGAACUUGUGACCCUGAAAGGCCGACUUGCAGCAUCUGAGAACGACAACCGGGCUCUCUUGAAUAAGAUCCAGCAAAAGAACCUGGAAGUCGCAAGGUCAAAUUCUAGGGUAGGGGAGAGUCAACGGCAGCGCAUAACGCAGCUUCAGAAGGAGAAGACCAAAUUGGAAGAGGAGUGCAAGAAAUUGCAACGGCAGCUGGGAGAUGCGCAACUCACCAUCACAUCCCUGGAGAAGCAGAAGGAGAAACUGUCCUUGAGUCUAGAAGAUCUCAAUCAUGAAGUGCAACGAGAGCACAAAGCCAGUCGGAAUGCCGAGAAGGCCGCUUCCACGGCCAGCAUUCAACUAGCAGAAGCCAACAGGAACCUGGAAACGGAGAGACAAUUACGCACUCAGGCACAGGCGAACACCCGCAAGCUGCAAGCUGCUCUAGAUCAAGCGAACAAAGAGAUAGAAGACUGUCACCAGCAGUUAAUGGUCUUGCACAAAGUUUUCGAUCCUGAGGUUGACGAGAACCCUAAGUCCUGGGAAGCAGUCCAGCCAGACCUGUCCAAGAAAGUCGAUCUGGCACACCUUCUGGAAAUGGCGCACAACGAGCUGCGUGUGGCCGAGGAGAAAUAUGCCCGAGCAGAAAGCCAGUUGGCUGAGAUGCGCCGCCGCCACGCAGAUGAAAUGAAGGAACUCGACGCACGUUAUGCAUCAUCCAAACGAGCUCUGCUCGAGGAAAUCGACCAGAAUCAAAUGGCCAUGACCCGCUCCCCUAACCAUGUGCGCAAGAACUCGGACACCGUGAAGAGAUAUUCUAAUCCCACGACGCCUAAUCGACGAUUCAAUUUCAAUGAGUCAGCUCAAGAUUCCGGUCGAUCUGAUCGCACUGUCGAUACCGCGACGUAUCAAAAGCGGAUGGACAUGGCGGCGGAGAUCGAAGAGCUUCAGAACAAACUUCAGAUGAGUGAAAUGCAAAACCGGCAUCUGCAGAAUCAGCUGCAAAUGGUGACACCAAACCGGGACAUGUGGCAGGAUGACAGUCCCUCCAUUCGGCGGAUGCAGAUGCUGGAGCGCGAAAAUGGCCGGCUCCACGAGCAGUUGGAUGAUUCCGCGAAGAAGGUCUCCGCUCUUGAACGCAUGAUCCAGACUGGGGAGCUAUCCUUGCGUGACGUGCAGGCCAAGUCUCACGAAGAACUGUUCGAUUUGCUGAAUUCCCAGGAACAAUCAAGGAAAGCCCUGCUCAAUGUGCACAAAAAUGCCAUGGCGGAGUUGACGGAAGCGAAAGCCCAAUUUGAAAAGCUGAAGAGGGCUAAAGCAAGUUUGGAGGUGGAACUCCGAGACGCUCGAUCUGAUCUCCAGGAACUUCAGCUUGCUAGAGAACAGGACGCUGCCAGCAGAAAUCAGCUUCUUCAGGAAUUCUCCGAUCUUCAGAUCCGUCUCGAUGCGGAGUCGUCGAAGGUUAUUGAUCUCACCUCCAGUUUGAACCUGUACAAGAGUCGUGCCGACGAAUACUUCAGCAAGCUGGAGCAGGCGGAGAUUGCUGUGCUCAAGGCCGCUCGGGCGGAACAGUUCGCGAAGGCUCAAGCUAAAGAGGCGGAGGAGACAUGUGCCAACAUCAUGGCUGAACGCAAGCGCAUGGAUGCACUUGUUGAAGAUCUCCAACGGCAGACACAGUUGUACGAAGAAAAGAUCGAAGACCUCUCAGCGGACUUGGAAGGCGCUCUUCAAGCUAAACGGCGGCUCCAAAACGAACUGGAAGACUACAGAAACCAGCGCGCCAUGGACAUUGAGGAGAAGGAAGCUUCUUUGGAGCAGACUAGAAAGAAAUACCAGAGAGAAUUCUCCACUUUGACGAACGAGCUCGAGAUCGAACGUGAGAACCUGCUCCACGUCCGCGAAGAGAACUCCCGACUACGCGAAGAGCUUGAAGAUCUUCGCAGCAAGUGGGACAAUGAAGUGCUCAACAGCUCGACUUGGGCCAAGGAGAAAGCUCGCAUGGAGAUGACCCUCCAAGAUGUGUCUACGUCGCGCGAUGAGGCAGUUAAUGCCCAUAAUGAGGCUCAAAGCAAGGUCGUCUCUUUGCUUUCUCAAGUACGGAAUCUGCGGACGGAGAUCGAGGACGUCACAGCUGAGCGAGACAUGCUGCUCAAGGAGAAGAAGAUGCUUGAAGCCCGGCUUACUGAGGCUGGAGAACGACUCGAGGACCUCGCCAAAGGAGAAAGCCCAUCCAUGCGUAAUGCUGCUGGUAUGGAUCGGGAGAUCCUGGAGCUCAAAUCGAAACUUGCGCAGCAAGAAGAUGUUUCCGCUGCGGCUGUUGGCAAGAUGAGACGAGCGGAGGCACUGGCUGCGGAAAUGCAGAAGGAGCUGACAGCCGAGCGCGAGUCCAACGCACAGCUCUUCAAGGAGAAGGCCGCACUGGAGAAGCAGCUCAAGGAGGUGCAAUUGAAAUGUGUGGAUCUUGAGACCAAGGGCUACUCGUCAGCAAGUCAAGACAUCAAAUUCCUGCACAAGAGAGUUAAAGAGCUCGAAACGCAGCUGGAAGAGCAGGAAAACAAACGCAAUGCGGAGCAGCGCUCUGUUCGGAACGUUGAUCGCACUGUCAAGGAUCUUCAGGCUCAGAUCGAACGGCGGGACAAGAUCAAUGCCCAGCUCAACGAUGACAUCAACAAGGCCCGCGACAAGAUCGAACGGCUUCUCCAGACGAUUGAAGAGCUCCAGUCAAGUGACUCACAAAACCAGCUCCAGGCCCGCCGGGCGGAACGGGAGCUCCGGGAGGAACGAGAGAAGUGUCUCCGACUGGAGAGAGAACUGGAGGGUUGGAAAGCCCUCCGCGUCGAGAGGGGAACACGGCCCAGCGGUGUGGCAGGGUUCAGCGAUGUCGGAAGCCGCAGGGGCAGUGGUGUUUUUGUUGGAUCCAAUGCCAACGGUGGUAUUGAGGUGCCUCAGAGGAAGACCAGCAACACCAAAGGAUUCUUGUGA